UUUAUCAAAGAAAAACGUUUUCCUCUCGCUUCCCCAAAUCCUCAUAUAAAUAAAAAAACCCACGAAACUUCGUCUCCAAACAAACCAAACGAAACUCCCUCUCUAUCUCUCUCUAGAAAAAGCCCUAGCUUUCUCGCUCUAGAAGCUUACGAAUAUCUCGAUCCCUUUAUCUCUAUCGAUGGCGUCUGGAUCGUCGGGUCGGGGCAACCCGGGCUCCAAGGGGUUUGAUUUCGGGACCGAUGACAUCCUUUGCUCAUACCAGGACUACGGGAACCAGGACUCUUCGAAUGGGAGCCACGGCGACCCAGUCGUCGGCUCCAAUUCCGGCAAGGAUUUUCAGAAAAGCAGAAUGGCAAGAUCAGCAAUGUUUCCUGCGGUCUAUAACCAGCCAGAAGAUUCUUUCGGCCAAGAUGUGAUUGCAACAGUUGAAAAAAGUAUGAAAAAGUAUGCUGACAACCUUAUGCGCUUUCUUGAGGGAAUCAGUUCACGGUUGUCGCAGCUGGAAUUAUACUGCUACAAUCUUGAUAAAUCAAUUGGAGAAAUGCGGUCUGAUUUAGUUCGAGAUCAUGGAGAUCAAGAUUCAAAGCUUAAAUCUCUUGAGAAACAUCUUCAAGAAGUCCACAGAUCUGUACAGAUCCUAAGAGACAAACAAGAACUUGCUGAGACCCAGAAAGAGUUGGCCAAGCUUCAGCUUGCGCAAAAAGAGUCAUCUUCUUCAAGCCACUCCCAAACCAAUGAGGAGAAAGCUUCCGCAGCGGCAGCUGAUUCCAAAAAGACUGACAACACAUCUGAUGCUCAUAACCAGCAGUUAGCUCUUGCGCUGCCGCACCAAGUCGCACCACAGCCACAGCCUGUGGCACCCCCCUCACAAGCACCACCUCAGAAUCUAACCCAACAACAGUCCUAUUAUCUCCCUCCGACUCAAUUACCAAAUCCACCGGCCCAACCACAACACUCUCAGAGUCAAUAUCUGCCUUCUGAUUCUCAGUACCGAACACCCCAACUGCAGGACAUCUCUAGGGUGGGACCACAGCCAACCCAGUCUCAAGUAAAUCAAACGCCACAAGUUCAAUCAUUCCCUCAGUAUCAGCAGCAAUGGCCACAACAAUCAUCCCAGCCACCACAACAGCCGUUGAUGCAACCUCAGAUCAGGCCCCCACCAGCAACAGUUUACUCUUCCUACCCACCAAGUCAACCAACGAACCCAUCUCCUCCGGAAACACUGCCAAACAGCAUGCCAAUGCAGGUUUCAUUUCCAGGAAUUCCUCAACCAGUAUCCAGCCGUGCCGAUGCCAUGCCAUACGGAUAUGGUGGAGGAGCAUGUAGAACAGUUCCACAGCAGCAGCCUCAGCAAAUGAAGGCAACUUUUGGAGCACCACCAGGUGACGGAUAUGCCACUGCUGGCCCUCAGCCCACACUUCCUCCAGGAAGUGCAUAUAUGAUGUAUGACAAUGAAGGGAGGGCACAUCAUCCACCUCAACCUCCUCACUACACUCAAGGUGGAUAUCCUCCAACAAGUGUCUCUCUUCAGAAUCCACAACAACAAACAACAGGCCCCAAUCUAAUGGUCCGGAAUCCUAGCCAUUCACAAUUCUUUCGCAACCACCCUUAUGCCGAGCUGAUCGAGAAAAUGGCGAGCAUGGGUUUCAGGGGUGACCAUGUUGCGAGCGUGAUCCAGAGGAUGGAGGAAAGCGGGCAGCCUGUUGAUUUUAAUACUGUUCUUGACAGGUUGAAUGUGCAUUCUUCUGGGGGUUCUCAGAGAGGAGGAUGGUGAGGGCACAAGAGUUUGUCAAAUGUUUUUAGCUUUUACAAUAUCAGUGACAAUCAUUGCGUGUUUUAUUAUGCAUUGAAUAAAGGAUGAUGCAAUGUGCACGGUGUUCUUGUAUAUGUGGUUUGACAGAAAAGAACAAAAAAAAAUUUAUUUAUUAUGUAUAUC